GGAUUGAUGUUAGAUUUUAAAAUUUGCUAUGGGUCAUUUAUAAAACACCUUGUAAGGUGCGAAAUGCAUUAAAAACAGGGAACGAGGACGAAAUAAAAGCUAGCUUGUCACAUUUGACCUGUUAACUUUACUAACUCGAUGUCAGAGAAACCUGUACAGCUGAGGUAUGCAGACUGCUUUCAGAGCUGCCAGAUGUUCCCUCAGAUACUUCAGGAGUGUCUCUCACUCUGCCAUGGACUCAGGAUACCAGCAGGCUAAUGUUGUCAUCCUGCCCAAACAUCUCGCUGAUGACUUUGAAGAUUUCUGUCACAAAAAUCCCGCCCCCCUGCCGCUUCUUUACCGCAGCCAACCAGGAGAGACUUCCUGUCCGCCUCUUGCUAAACAUGCAGACAUAAAGACGGAUAUCUCUCAGUACUGUGUGUAUGAAGAAGGCCGGAUGGUGAAAACUGUCCCAAAUCUGCAGAGCUGCAACGUUCAGCUGAGGAUGGGAUCGGAGCAGCAGGCUGUGGAUCCUGGCUUCUGGUCCGACAUGGUGUGUUUCUAUCAGGGCUGCAGUUUUGGUUUCGAAGGCCGACUGAAGCAGGCUGGAGUCCCCGUUAGAAACGUGGAGCAGGGUAAAAACGUCAGCAUGUACAGGACUGCAGUUCCCUGUAUUCCUGCAGGAGCGUUCAGCUGCCCUCUAGUGGUCACUAUGCGUCCUGUUCCUGCUGCCAUGUUGGAUGCAGUAGUGGAGGUUACACACCUUAACCCACUGGCACAUGGAGCUCCUGUGCACAUAGGAGACCCAGCUCUUCUGGGCGUGCAGGAUCUGUCCUCACCAGACUACGGGGAUGCAGUUGAGCUGCAGCCCGGAGACGUCCCUGUGUUCUGGGCCUGUGGCGUGACGGCUAUAGAAGCAAUACUCAGCAGCAAGCCUCCUCUGGCGUUCAGUCACUCUCCAGGCUGUAUGUUCCUGACGGACGUCCCAGACUCCUCCACUUCUACUCUCAAACCUCCAGCCUGUGAGGGUGUAGACCCUGCAGCUUCGGCUCCAGACCCUGAGCUGAUCCCGCUCAGCUUUUUAGUGUCCCAUAAUCCCUUGAUGUUCAGUUUGGCGUCAAAGAGGGCUGUGGCAAAAAUCAGACAGCUGGAGACGAUUAUCGGAGAGGAUCCAGGUCAACGAGGGAUCAAAGCUUUAUUUGUCCAGGAUGAACUUCUGCGCUCCUGUCUGGCUCUUUCACACGCUUCAUCUGUUGCCAUAACAACUGGCUUCCCCACACACUUCAUGCACAGCCCAGCUGACGAGACUGAUGGCCCUCCAGGAGCCAUUGCCAUGGCAACAAUGCUGUUGUCCCUAGGCAAACAGGUGACAUUGGUGAUGGACAAGAGAGAGCAGGACAUGAACCGGGCGAUCAUUGAUGAAGCUGUGAGAAAAGGUGUGCUGAAAAGUGAAGUCCCAUUGGUGACCUUUGAAGACAGCGGUCCUGACUCUGCACUGCACUUCCUGUGUCACAAUGGAGACCCCCACAUGCCCAGGUACGACCACCUGAUGGCGAUAGAGCGCAGUGGACGAGCUGCAGACGGAAACUACUACAACAUGAGAGGAAUAAACAUCAAGCAUCUGGUGGAUCCCAUCGAUAACUUGUUUAUUGCUGCCGAGGAAAUACCAGGCAUCACCACCUCAGGAAUCGGGGACGGAGGAAACGAGUUGGGGAUGGGUAAACUGAAGGAGAAGGUGGCCAACUUGAUGCCUAGUGGGAGUCUCAUAGCGUGUGAUGUUCCCGCUGACUACGCCAUCACUGCUGGAGUGUCUAACUGGGGAGGAUAUGCUGUGGCCUGUGGGCUCUACCUGCUCCACACCUGCCCCUCCCAUCAGAGGUACCUGAAGAAAGGACUGGGACUCACGACCCCUGAAGACCAGCUCCAGGACUGGACCGCUAACCUGCCGUCUGUGGACAAGGAGGAGUCGAUUCUUUCCACUCUGAUGAGUUUUGGGAUAAGAAGCGGGAAAACUGGAAACCUGGCCAUGGAGGUGGACGGUCUGACCUUUCAUCCCACUCACUCUGACAUCAUCACCAGACUGCUGGAGGUCACGCGAGGCUCCAAACCUGCAAACACCUGAACAGCCUGUCAUCAUGUCUAAUCUGCAGCAGUAACAGACAUAACCAUGAUACUUACCCGUUUGUUUAGUGAGCUCAAGCUCAGAGAGUGUAUUCACACAAUCAGUGUGCUGCUGUGUGAAACAUUCACACCUUCUCUUUUUUCUUUCUUCACUUCUUUUGGGCUUCUGAAUAGAGUGGAAACAGAAUGUGUUACUUUAGACACUUUAGGCCUUGGUAACCUUUCAGCCUACUUCCUUGACGACUGGGGACAAAACAGUCGACUCACAUAUAUUACCGCCUCCUUAACCAACAUUAAUUAAACCAGGGCUCCGAACAUGGACAUGGGAGAUGGGAAGGUGCCGAGCCAAACGUAUUGAUCGAUUCAAAGCUUUGAUUCAAAUGUAAGUGCAAAGAUAGUGAUUUAAUAUAAAGAAUAAUUUUGUUUCUAGUUGGAAAUCUGUCUGCUAAAUGUCACUUUCUUUCUGAAUGGUGUGUUUCUUCUUCUGCACUUUAAUAGCAUCGAUGCUAAGCUCUGAUAAUUGUUGCCUUGAUUAGUGUGAAGGUUGAUACAUUAAAAUAAUCGUACCUGUGUCUUAAGGUCAACAAGCUGUUAUCAAAGAGCAAAUAAAGAACAUGCACUAUA